AUGUUAGAAGGAUUGCUUUACGAUAUUAUAUUCUUUUGUUGUUCGAUCGGUGUUUUCGCAAUCUAUCAUGUCCAGUUGUUCUUAAGAUCGAAAUCAUCGACUGGUCAUCUAACUUCUAUUGGUAGAAAUCAUCAGCAUCGUGAGGAAUGGCUUGAGCUUAUGAUACGAGGCAAAAAGGAUAUUCUAGCAGUACAAACCUUGAGAAACCUGGUGAUGGCCGCUUCAUUACUAGCAACAGCAUCUAUCACCCUGGUAGUAUUAAUCUUAAACAUCGUUGUAAACAACAAUCUCUCGGCUGUAUUCGAUAAGAUAAGAAUACUAGGUGCCAACAAUAAAGAGGUUCUCAUUUACAAAGCAUUUAUCUUGAUAUUGGUGUAUCUUUUUUCUUUCUUAAACUUUGCAACAUCUAUAAGAUAUUCUACACAUCUAGCAUUUCUUAUAAAUAUUAAUGAUUGUAGUAUGCGAUAUUGUAAUAAAAUAAUGAGAAAUGCGAGUAAUCAUUAUACAUUUGGUGUAAGAUCAUUCUAUUUCUCGAUGGUGGUCAUUCUUUGGUUCUUUGAUCCAAUCUUUUUGAUUGUAUCUACUGUUCUACUGGUAAUAUGGUUGUACUUUGGUGACAGUUCAGAUUUUGUAAUUCCAAUUGAAGAGAAGAAAGCUGCAAGAAAUUCUGCUACCAACAGUACCGAUGUUGAAAUGGCAGCUAAAAUAAAUUAA